AUGGAUAGCCGAAACAGAUUUCAAGAUAAAGUCAUUGCUAUAACGGGAGCUGGUUCAGGAAUCGGUCUGGCCACAGCGCACUAUCUGGCCAAAGAAGGAGCCGCUCUCGCCCUCGCAGAUAUCCGUGAUGAAGCCCUGCAACAAGCAAGAGACUUGAUCACAGCACAAACACCGGGAGUCAAGCUUCACACAUACGCACUCGAUGUCUCUAAGAAUCAGGACGUGGAAGACUGGGUCGGAGCGAUCAUCACAGCCUUUGGUCGACUGGACGGCGCGGCCAACCUCGCUGGCGUAUUCAGCCGGACCAUUGACGGCAUUUCGACGCUUUCUGAUACAAACUGGCAUUCCGUGCUCGAUAUCAACUUAUCCGGAGUGUUUUACUGUCUCCGUGCACAGCAAAAGGUCAUCUCGAACGGAGGCAGCAUUGUGAACGCGUCCAGUGUUGCAGGCCUCUACGGGCAUCCCAACUACCCGGCAUACUGCGUGAGCAAAGCCGGCGUUCUGGCGUUGACCAGAGGACGCGUCCGCACCCCCAUGAUGGACUCAGUGCACCAGUCCUUGUCGGGAGUCACCUUCUCCGCGAACCCAUCAGCACUGCAGCGAGAAGCAGAACCUGAAGAAAUUGCCGCACUCAUAGGCUUCUUGCUCAGUGAUGAGAGUCGCUUUGUCACUGGAGCGGAAUAUAAGAUCGACGGCGAAUGUUGCAAAGACGAUCUUCAGCUUUGCUCUGAACAGCCGGGAUAUUUGGAGGACGUGCCAUCUGUGAGGGCAAAGGUCCAGCGGUUCUUUGACUUCUCAAGCCUUCACUAUCCGUGCCUGGACGAGGCACAGACGCUGGCGCAAUUUGGCGACUUUGUUCAAAAGCGCGAUCUGGAUCAGCCAAAUGCCGACGACUUGUGGGGAAUGGCAAUACUCCAUCUGUCCAUCGCUGUUCUGUCCAUCCUGGAAGACUUUCACUCGAGUGGCCACGACGAUAGCACCCCGGGAUGGACCAGAUUUCUGAAGGCCUCUCAUCUGCUGGACCAUGCCACUGCGAUGGGAGUGGGCAAUACCGCAACGAUCCAAGCAUGCACCAUGAAGGCGAUUUAUUUGACCUAUGCCGAGAAAUUCAACAUGGCAUACGAUGUCGUGGGCCAGGCCGUCCAGCUGUGUUACCUGGUCGGGCUCCACGAUCAGCCCAAGAACGGCAAACCGUUGAGCCCAUUUGAGGCUCACAUGCGCCAGAGGGUGUUUUGGACCACGUACUGCCUCGAGAAGAACAUCGCCUUUGCCAGAGGACUGCGACUGCCUUACCUGAUCUGUGAUAGCGACAUCAAUAUCCAGAUCCCGCCUUGCGCCUCUGACGACGACGACCAGAGAGUGGAGAUGCAGUAUCUUGACGAGGUCCAGGCGUUUUCAGACUACCUCCACAGCACGGUCCAAGCAACACGCCUGAGCACCGAGAUCUGGGAUUGCAUGCUCUGUCCCAACGCCAAAAGGCCCGUCGACGAAGAUAAGGUCAUGGCCAUCGACGCCAAACUCCAAAACAUUCUCGACCGACUGCCAGACUAUCUUUCCCUGGGGAGGAGAUCUCAGGUGGCGGCGUCGGCGGCAGCAUCGCAGCAGCAACGGCAGCAGUACCUCCAGGGAUCUCUUCGUCGGAUAUCUCGACGAGCAAGAAUCUUGUUUCUGAUGCGUCGGAAGGAGCUCCACGCGGGUAGAUUCUGGCGACGAGAUCGCCGGACUUGUCUGGACAUUGCGGACAAGACGGUCGCCACCGCCUACGAGUUCUACUUCUCGCCCGUGGCGGAACCUCUGGACCGGUACUCGUGCGCCAUCUACUUGCUGGAGGCUGUCUCGGUGCUGGCGGCCGUUCUGCUCGACGACAACGUCGACCGCGACUGUCUGGUCCAGGCGUCGACUUCUUUCACACGGGCCCUGGGCGUGCUCAGGACCACCACAGCCGGCCUGCGCCUGGCCAGGUCGAGCCUGAAGAGGAUGGAGCAGACUAUCGCCGCGGCCGAGACCAUCGCACGGUCUUUUGACCUGUCGUCCAACCACGCUGCGAUCGACCCUGCGCGCGAUGCUGCAACAUCGCCGACCAUUGAAUUCGACGCAUUCGGUCAACCGUGUAACCAGAGGCAGAAUAAUCCAUCUUCUAUUGGUCCCUUUCUAUUCAAUGAGCCACUUGACAUGGAGUUAUGGGCCGCGCUGGAUAGUACCAACGAGAUGGUUAAUUCUACUACCGAGCAACUACUCCUGAAUCUCUAG